AUGGAUCCGGAGCCCGCUGCCCAUCCCGGCAUCCCGGGCCGCUUCCAGCCGCUCUGCAUCCCCGCGGGAAUGUCGCAUGUCGGAAUGUCGCAUGUCGGCCACGCGCGGCCCGUGUCACCCGCCCCGCGGGGACACCACGGCUCGUCCCAGUCAGGCCCCACGCCAGAGAAGGCGACUUCCACCCGCGCUGCCCGGCCCGGGCCCGGGGACCGCCCGGGGACCGCCCGGGGCUGCCACCAACCCGUCCCCGCUCUCUCCUCGUCCUGCUCUCCCGUCCCUUCGUCCCUGGCCCCUGGCCCGUUCGUCCCUGUCUCGUUUGGCCCUGCCCCGUUCUUCCUUGUCCCCAGCCCCACUCAUCCCCUUCCCCCGGCCCGUUCAUCCCCGGCCCGUUCAUCCCCGGCCCCCAUCCCUUUCAGCUCUGUCUUGCUCAUCCCCUUCCCCUGUCCCGCUCAUCCUUGUCCCCUGAUCCCGUUCAUCCCUGUCCCCAGCCCCUCUCAUCCCUGUCCCCCACGCCACUCAUCCUUGUCCCCUGAUCCCGUUCAUCCCUGUCCCCAGCCCCUCUCAUCCCUGUCCCCAGCCCCACUCAUCCCUGUCCCCUGCCCACCUCUGUCCCCUGCGCUGCCACGGGGACGUGGCAGAGCUGGACAAGUGACUCCCAAAAGGGCAUCAGGGUCCCCGGGCGAACCGGCUUUGCCUCGGGGUGGCCCCUCCAGCUGCCAGCACAGACCCCCCGUGUCCCCCCCGUGUCCCCCCCGUGUCCCCCCGCACCCUCAGCCUGUGCCCCGCGGUGCCACCGGCUCCGGGGUGGCCCCGUCCGGACGUUCCGGUGCCCGCAGCCAGGGUCACUCACCCGGUGGCGCGGUGCCACCGCCGGGACCCCACAGUGCCCCCCGGCCGCGGUCCGGUCCCGCGGCCGUUCCCAAAGCGCUGCCCUCCCAUUCCCGCGGGAAUGGAGGAAUUCCUGGUGGCCUCACUCCGGCCACGCCGCCAGCCCGCUCCGGCCACCUCCAGAGCCAGGGACACCUUGCCUUUGGAAAAGCCAUCCAGGAGAAGGCAGAGUGGGAGCCGAACUGACCCCUGACCCCGGCGUGGCCCCUCGGCCGCGCUGACCCGUGGGUCACACUGACCCCUCGGCCAUGCCAACCCCUGGGUCACACUGACCCCUCGGCCACGCCAACCCAUUGGCCGUGCUGACCCCGUGGUCACCCCCUGGCUCUGCCAACCCCUGGGUCACACUGACCCCUCGGUCACAACAACCCAUCGGCCAUGCCAAACCUUUGGCCACACUGACCCCUCGGCCAUGCCAAUCCUGGGGUCACACUGACCCCUCGGCCAUGCCAACCCAUCGGCUGUGCCGACCCCUUGGCCAUGUUGACCCCUUGGCCACGCUGACACCUUGGCCAUCCCUUGGCCACGCGAACCCAUCGGCCGUGCCGACCCCGUGGUCACCCCCUGGCUCUGCCAACCCCUGGGUCACACUGACCCCUCGGCCACACCAACCCAUCGGCCAUGCCAAACCUUUGGCCACACUGACCCCUCAGCCGUGCCACCCCUUGGCCACACCAACCCAUUUUCCAUGCUGGCCCCUUGGCCACGCUGACCCCUUGGCCACACUGACCCCUUGGCCACACCAAUCCAUCAGCCAUGUUGACCUCUUAGCCACACUGACCCCUUGGUCACCCCUUGACUACACUGACCCCUCGGCCACACCAACCCAUCGGCCACGCUGACCCUUUAAGCACCCUCGGCCCUUUGGCCAUGCCAAUCCCUCGGCCACGCCAACCCAUUGGCCGUGCCAACACCUUGACCACCCCUUGGCCCCUUGGCCAUGCCAACCCUUUGGCCACGCCAACCCAUCAGCCAUGCUGAGCCCUCGGCCACGCUGACCCCUCAGCCACGCCAAUCCAUUGGCCAUGUUGACCCCAUGGCCACAUGGACCCCUCGGGCCACGCUAAUCCAUCGGCUGUGCCAAGCCCUUGGCCACCCCUCGGCCCUUUGGCCAUUGCAACCCCUCGGCCAUGUCAACCCCUCGGCCGUGCCGACCGCUUGACCACCCCUUGGCCCUUUGGCCAUGCCAAUCCCUCGGCCAUGCCAACCCAUCAGCCAUGCUGACCCUUUGACCACCCCUCGGCCCUUUGGCCAUGCCAAUCCUUCAGCCACGCCAAUCCAUGGGCUAUGCCAGCCCAUCGGCCAUGCUGGCCCUUUGACCACCCCUCGGCCCUUUGGCCAUGCCAAUCCCUUGGCCACGCCAACUCAUUGGCUGCGUUGACCCUUUGGCCAUGCCAGCCCAUCGGCCGUGCCGACACUUUGACCGUCCCUCGGCCACGCCAACCCCUCGGCCAUGCCAACCCCUCGGCCAUACCAACCCCUCGGCCGUGCCGACACUUUGACCACCCCUUGGCCACGCCAACCCCUCGGCCAUGCCAACCCAUCGGCCGUGCCGACCCUUUGACCACCCCGUGGCCAUACCAACCCCUCGGCCAUGCCAACCUAUCGGCCGUGCCGACCCUUUGACCACCCCUCGGCCUCUCGGCCACGCCGCCCCCUUGACCACCCCUCGGCCACGCCAACCCCUCGGCCGCGCCGCCCCCUGGCCACGCUGUCCCUGGGCCGUGCCGCCCUCGGCCGCGGCGGUUACUGUGAUUCCCUCAUGGCUUCUCCACCACUCGGGUUUUUCCGCUGUACAAAGGGAGACACUUUUCCUUUUCUUUUCCCCCGCUUCCAAAGGGGUUUUUUUUCCCAAGUUGUCGAUAUUUUUCCGUUGUCCAGCCCGGCGCCAUCGCCCCCCUCCAUCCGCCUGUCCGUACCCCCGACUGUGACAAAGAGCAAAGCCCCCCCCCGGGCCACUCAGCUCCCCGGGGGUGGGGUGGACGGCCCUGCCAACCCCAUCCGUGGCAGGGCCGCUGUCCGGCCGGCCGGCUGACCACUGUCCGGCCACCCCCUCACUGCCCAUGCAUGUGCCACGCCCUCACGCCCGCUGCAUGUGCACAGCCCGGCCCUGCCACACUCUCGGUUCCGUCCCCCCCCACCCCAGCCGGACUCACCUGUGGGUUUUCGUUCCGUUUUUAAUUUCCCCCAGGGUCAGUUUGACUUUUCACCCUUAAUUUUGUAUUUGGGAUUUUCGGAGGAGCUUUCUCCUUCUCCGGAGUCACGGAGGGGCGGCCACUCGCCUCCCGCCCUCGACGUUGUGAUACACAUCCCCCACAGAGAUCUAUGUUUCUUAUAUUAUAUUAUUAUUAUUAAUUAUUAUUAUUAUUAUGUAAUAAAUUUAUAAGAAAGCUC